AUGGAAACUAACUAUUAUCAAAUAUCCUUCAGUGAUGAUUAAAAGAAAGAAACAAAUACUCAUGCUUUUAGUAGAAAUAGCGUUACUUUUGAAGUUUUCAUAAUUAUUGGUAUGCUAGUAUGUAUUCUAUAUAUAAAUUGGAUGAUUUAUGAAGAUGAUAAAUGUAGUUUGAAAAAUACUGAAUCUUCCACUCAGCAAUUAUUAGCAGGGUUUAAUUUGCAAUCUUCAAGAAUCUUAAUUGAGAAUAAUUUACAUACCAUUGACUAACUUAUAGCAGAUCCAAUCUAGACUUCAAUUAACUAGAAAUUAAAGGAAAAUAUUAGAAUAAAUUAAAGGAAAGCAAGAGCAUAUAUUCAAACUUUGUGGAUUUAAACAUAUAACAGAGACUGUAAUUCAAUGACUGAAACGUUUUUUUUCUAUACUAUCAUGCAAAAUUACAGUACUCUUUGUAAUAAAAAGAUUUAGUCAGCUGGAGAAAAUAUGGAUUUCAACAAAAGGAGUUAGGAUUUCAUAAGUGAUGAGGUUCAAUAUGCUGAAUCAAAAAAAGCACCCCCUAUUUUCAAUAAUUUUUAAGGCUUAUGCUAAAGUUUUACAAAUUUCUUGAUUGCAUCAUCUUUUCCAUUUCAUUUAAGUUGGAUUAUCUAUAUAAUUGUGAUAUCAGUUUGGUCUGUUUUCUGCAUACUUCUUAACGUUCUUUACCUUCCACUCUUAGAUGUUGGAUACUGGCUGUUCUUAGGACUCUCUGUUCUAUCUAUCUUCAUGAGAUUUCACUAUAAAACUUACUAUUAUGAGCUAAGAAAGAUAAGAAACUACAUCAACUUUAUGAAGGAUUUGUGA